AGAUGCAAUGCCAGCAGACUGCCACUUUAGAUUGGUCAACGAAUCCACACCGUUUUCCGCGCGAGUAUUGGACCAAUCUCACGAAUGUAUCGACCCUUUCCGUGCUCGAGGUGGAGAUAUGGCGUUAUAGGGGUGGUGAAACGAUCCCACCAAACAAGGUAAGAACGGCAAGACAUACCAGUCGAUCGUGUUCAGCGUCGAAUCCCACUUUGGUCUCGUUGCGCAGGAGUUUUUGCAUCACGCCCUCAGUCCAAGUCCAAGAGCGUGGCCAAAUGAACGCCGUCACAACUCAGUGAUCCGCUUCCAAGGCCUCCGAUACAAAGGGCCUACGAAUUGCGGGAAGUGCAUGUCAUCAAAUUAUCAUAGAUCAGAUCCAAUUUCAGUGGGGGGGAGGGG